CCCGGUCGUCACCAACCCUCGGCCCCACCCCGGGCUCCGGCCGGCCAGCCGGCGGGCACGCCCUCCUCCGCGGACAGGUCCAGUAACAUUAAUUGGAUGGUAGACAUCAUAAAUAUUACAGGCUGUCUACAGAGAGAGAGCCUCACAUGGUUUCAUGUAGGUGAGCCUCGGACGAGUCAGCCCUGCCUGUCACCAGUUCCAGCUGUGAUGCUCUAAGUCACAGUAAGUCUGAACGCUUGCUGUCUAUGGACCUGCUCUGACUCUUAGAGCCUGCUUAUGGGGGAAGCAUUUCAUCUUCUCUAGACAAGGAGAGUGGCCAUCUGUCUGAUCGCUGCAUCCGGCCGGCCCCUCUCGACCUCCCAGAGCUGCUUUGUUCUGAGGUGACACCAUCUGGGCCCCAUCUGUCCUUCCUCACGGCGCCCUCGGCACCUUGAGCCACUACCCCCAGCCGCAUUUUGGGAGAAAGAUGGAGUCGAAGGUCUCAGAAGGCGGCCUGAACGUGACCCUGACAAUCCGUCUGCUGAUGCAUGGGAAGGAAGUCGGAAGCAUCAUCGGGAAGAAAGGAGAGACAGUGAAAAAGAUGCGCGAAGAGAGCGGCGCGAGGAUCAACAUCUCUGAGGGAAACUGCCCGGAAAGAAUUGUGACCAUCACAGGCCCCACCGACGCCAUCUUCAAGGCCUUUGCCAUGAUCGCCUACAAGUUUGAGGAGGAUAUCAUUAACUCUAUGAGCAACAGCCCUGCCACCAGCAAGCCCCCGGUGACGCUGAGGCUGGUGGUCCCCGCCAGCCAGUGUGGGUCCCUGAUCGGCAAAGGCGGCUCCAAGAUCAAGGAGAUCAGGGAGUCCACAGGUGCCCAGGUCCAGGUGGCCGGGGACAUGCUGCCCAACUCCACGGAGCGGGCAGUGACCAUCUCGGGGACCCCCGACGCCAUCAUCCAGUGCGUCAAGCAGAUCUGUGUGGUCAUGCUGGAGUCCCCACCGAAAGGUGCCACCAUUCCCUACCGCCCAAAGCCCGCCUCCACCCCUGUCAUUUUUGCAGGUGGUCAGGUAAGAGCCGACCCGCUCGCGGCCUCCACUGCCAACCUCAGCCUUUUACUGCAGCCCCCGCCGCUGCCCGCCUACACGAUCCAGGGACAGUACGCCAUCCCCCACCCAGAUCAGUUGACCAAGCUCCACCAGCUGGCCAUGCAGCAAACCCCCUUUCCUCCCCUCGGACAGACCAACCCCGCUUUCCCCGGAGAAAAGCUGCCUUUACACUCCUCCGAAGAAGCUCAAAAUCUGAUGGGCCAGUCGUCAGGUCUGGACGUCAGCCCCCCGGCCAGUACUCACGAGCUCACCAUUCCCAACGAUCUAAUAGGCUGCAUAAUUGGACGCCAAGGGACCAAAAUCAAUGAAAUUCGACAGAUGUCUGGAGCUCAGAUCAAAAUCGCCAAUGCCACAGAAGGGUCAUCGGAGCGCCAGAUCACCAUCACGGGGACCCCAGCCAACAUCAGCCUUGCCCAGUACCUCAUCAAUGCCAGGCUGACGUCUGAGGUCACUGGGAUGGGCGCACUCUAAUCCUGCCCUUCGGCCUCCGCCCCGUGAACCUGACCUCCACCCGGCUCGCACACUCUGUACAGACCGCCCACCUGCCCUGCGUCGCAAAUAUAAAUAGAGGUUUUCUUUACUAACGAGAGUUAUAUGCCGUAGACAUACACACCAACAGAGCAAAUCUAUAUUCUCUCUGUGUCAGCUCCAGGCUCUGUCCCCGAUACCUCUCUGGGAAUUAAUUUAUGCUCGUCUGUUCAUGCAUUGGCAUGCAGUGUUAAUUAUUUUAAAUGCUUUGGGGGCAUUCCCAUCUGUGACAUUUUAGAAAUACUGUCCCUUAGUGUCAGUGUACCUGUUAAAGAAUUGGUUUGACAUUCCGACAGCACUUCCCACAAGCCGUCUCUCCCAGGACCGUGGUUGCUUUGAGCGGGUUCGCUCCCGCCCAGCUGUCCCCCCACCCCGUGCUGACUCUGCUCCCCGAAGCCUGUGCUCGCUCCCACGUGCCCACCGGGCCUGCGCUGGGGGCAGGGGCGCGCUGCCUCUGUUGCGGGGAAGGAGAACGGAGGACAGGGUCCUAACCCACUGUGCAGGUGAGGCCGUGGGUGCUGGAGUCGUCACGUCACGUGCUGGGGACGCACGCGUGGGCCCCCAGGCGUCUUCCGGGGUGGCUGGCCAGGAAGCGCCUCUGCACCAUGGCAGAGUUCAAUAAAUGUUGUGCGCUGCCCCCCA